AUGAAUUAUCUUACAAGAAAACUUGAAGAAAAAAUUGGUUUAGAUUUAAAUGGUGAUGGUCGAAUUGGAGGACCUGGAAUUACUGCUAAACUUGAAAAAGCUACUCAUAUUGAUUUCAAUCGAGAUGGAAUCAUUGGAGGACAUAGACCACCAGCAGGCGGAGGUCUUAUUGGCAAAAUUGAACGAGCAACACAUAUUGAUAUAAACAGAGAUGGAUAUAUUGGUGGUCGACCUGGUUAUUAUUAUCCUCCACCACAGUGUCAUCAGAGACACUGA